AACUGAGAGGAAUACAGAAAGGGAGUGACUGCAGUGCAUCUGGAUUGUCCGAGCAUCCCCCCUCCCUCCCGCUUUUGCAUGCAUUCCGGCCACGCCACGCUCAGUGCUGCGUCGGCCCGGACCGUAUAAAAGGGCCGCCGUCCGCCGCUGAGGACACACGCGAUUUCACCACCACCACCACCGCCGCCGCAGCAUCAGCAGCAGCGGGAGCAGCAAGCAACCAUGUGGAAGGCAGCGAUCUCCUCCGCCCUCUUCUUCGCCGUCUUGGCCAACGCCGGUACUCUCCGCGGUGGAUACGGUGGCGCUGCUAUCGGCGGUCUCGGAGCAGUCGGCGUUGGGAUCGGAGGCGGCUACGCCGGACGUGGCUACCUCGCCGGCGGUGGUGGCGGAUACUAUGGAGGAGGUUACAGGGCCUACGAAGACAACAGGCCGAGGCCGUACAGCUUCGGCUACGUCGCUCAGGGAGCGGACGGGUCCAGCUCUCGCCAGGAGGUCGGCGACGGCAGCGGCAGCGUCCAGGGAGUCUACACCCUGAGCACGCCGGAAGGUGGCCAGCGGAAGGUCAAGUACACGGCCGACGCGGCAGGCUUCCGGGCCGUAGUCGACACCAACGAGCCCGGCACGCAGAGCGAGAGCCCCGCCGACGUGGCCCUGCGGUCGUCCUCGCCGCCGGCCUACCUGCUCGCCUCCAAGUACGGCGCCGCCGGGUCGUACGCCGGGGCCAGACCGCGAGUUGUGUACGGGGGCGCCGGCGGGCUGUACGGGGCGGGCGUCGCCGGUUACGGGUCUGCUGGCCUUUACGGGGGUCUCGGCGGCCGAGGCGUCGGUGCGUACGCCGGUGGAGCCGGUGUCGGAGUGCUCGGAAAGCACGGCGGUGGCGUCGGCUGGCACUACUUAAAGGGCCGCCGUCCGCCGUCGUGGACGCAAGGGAUCUCGCCACCGCACCAGCAGCGGGAGCAGCAAGCAAGCAUGUGGAAGCCAGCGAUCUCCUCCGCCCUCGUCUUCGCCGUCCUUGCCAAUGCCCGUACUCUCCACGGUGGAUACGGUGGUGCUGCUGUCGGCGGUCUCGGAGCAGUCGGCGUUGGGAUCGGAGGCGGCUACGCUGGACGUGGAUACCUCGCCGGCGGCGGUGGCGGAUACUAUGGAGGGGGCUACAGGGCCUACGAAGACAACAGGCCGAGGCCGUACAGCUUCGGCUACGUCGCUCAGGGAGCGGACGGGUCCAGCUCACGCCAGGAGGUCGGCGACGGCAGCGGCAGCGUCCAGGGAGUGUACACCCUGAGCACGCCGGAAGGUGGCCAGCGGAAGGUCAAGUACACGGCCGAUGCGGCAGGCUUCCGGGCCGUAGUCGACACCAACGAGCCCGGCACGCAGAGCGAGAGCCCCGCCGACGUGGCCUUGCGGUCGUCCUCGCCGCCGGCCUACCUGCUCGCUUCCAAGUACGGCGCCGCCGGGUCGUACGCCGGGGCCAGACCGCGAGUUGUGUACAGGGGCGCCGGCGGGCUGUACGGAGCGGGCGUCGCCCGAUACGGGGGCGCUGGCCUUUACGGCGGCCUCGGCGGGGGAGGCGUCGGAGUCUACGCCGGUGGAGCCGGUGUCGGAGUGCUCGGAAAGCACGGCGGUGGCGUCGGGUGGCACUAGUGAACCCGCCGUCUGCCUCUAUAAAUAUCCUUGUAUUUGGUACGGGAGCUCUUCUACGCCACUUUCGCCGUUUCAUAUGUAGUCCUUCUGUCCUACAUGGUUUCGGUGUGUCGCCGUCUGCUUGCCACUGGGGAAUGAGCAAGAAGCCCCGCUCGCUGGAUGCUGCGGCUGCUCAAGGUGUUGGUGACAAAUGGGUGAUGUGCUCUGCUUCGCUGCGCGUUAAGAAAAUAAACGUCCAAUCGUUUGCAACAAGAAAACUGACUUCGUAUUGGUGCAUUUUGCCGAGCAGUGAGCUCC